CACGCUUUUAUCAACAUCAAAGAUUCACUGCAUGUGUACGUGGAAGUGUUGGUCUCUGUAUGUCUUGGUCUCCAUGUAUGUGUGUUGAACUGUGAACUGUAUUGAUUGUUACUAUUUCUGUUAACUCUUAUAUCUGAAUGACUGCAUUUACUUUGAGAUUAAAUAGGCCAUUAGGGUCCUUGGGAUCAGGGUAAGAAUUCAAUUUAAUUUGAGUCCCAACUAUGCAAAUCUGUUUGCUAGGGCUUGACUUGAGAAUAUAAUAUAAUAUGAGUGUGUAUGUGUGUGUGAGUAUGUUUGUGUGUGUCUGUCUGUCUAUGUAUAUGUUUAUUUGCACACACGUAUACAUGUGUGUACUUAUGCAUGUUUGUGUGUGUAUGUGUCUGUGUACCCAUGGUUUCCAGAGCAGAUGCAGCUGUCCGGGCUGUUGGACUGUGCCGAUGUCACUAGCUCUAUUUCUGGAACCUGUGUUGUUCUGCAGGUCAGAUAAAGUGACUUGGAAUCCUAGUGAAGGCAGGAGGGGGGCAGGGGGCACUCACUAACCACACACAUGAGAGCACUGACAGAGAGAUAUAGACAGACAGAGACAGAGCGGUAAAGAGAGAGAGAGAGAAAGAGAGCAAAAGAGAGGGAGAGAGAGAGAGAGAGCGAGAGAGAUUUCUGCCUAGAACUUUGAGGCUACACUGAUUGAUGGAAUGGACGUUGAAUAAACAUAGAUAUUGAAUGAUCAGGAGCAAUUCAAUAACCUUGGAAAGGAAGAGUCUGAUUUGACUUGAUGUUUCAGAAGAAGUUGGGCAAACAGACAAAGGAAGUCCAUCAAACCAUGGACGAUGUAUCACUCCACCAGGAGGAUUCUGGGAACGAUGCAACAGCCAACCAGAUAGAGGACAACAACAACAAUCAGACAGAGAGAGAGGCUCCAGUCCAGGAGUGUGACCCCCCGAAGAGAGAGCACCUGGCGGAGGACACAGUGGAAGGUCAUAGGGUCAAGUCAGGGGCUAAUAGGGCGAAAACUCCAGAACAGGCAACAGGGGCUAGCAUUGAAAACAUAGAGGAGUCUCAGCCUGUAACCGACGCCAAUGAGGUUAAUGGUGAAGAGACUUGUAAGGGUGAGGAAGGGCCGUGUCAUGGUGCAGACACCGGAGAAACAGAAGACCCCAAAUUGGUGAAAGGAGAGGGGGAAAGUGAGAUGGAGGAGCACAAGAAUGGAAAGGGGCAAGAGGUGGUCAAGAAUGGAGAGAUUGAGAAAAAGAAAGAGGAGCUGAAAGAGGACAAAGAGAAGGGGGGAGAAAAGAAAGAGGGGAAGGGGGCAGGGAAGGGAGAGGCAAGGAAGGGAGAGGCAGGGAAGGGAGAGGCAGGGAAGGGAGAGGCAGGGAAGGGAGAGGCAGGGAUGGGAGAGGCAGGGAAGGGAGUGGCAGGGAAGGGAGAGGCAGGGAAGGGAGAGGCAGGGAAGGGAGAGGCAGGGAUGGGAGAGGCAGGGAAGGGAGUGGCAGGGAAGGGAGUGGCAGGGAAGGGAGAGGCAGGGAAGGGAGAGGCAGGGAAGGGAGUGGCAGGGAAGGGAGUGGCAGGGAAGGGAGAGGCAGGGAAGGGAGAGGAAGGGGAGGGAGAGGGAGGGGAGGCAGAGGCAGAGGAAGGGAAGGCACCAGAGAACAAGAGCAAACCAGUAAAAGAAAAGGAAGGGGCGGGAGGAGGAAAGGUUCAAGAGAAAAGCAAGGAGGUGGAGAAGCAAGGGAAGACCAAAAGAAAGAGUGUCUUGAAUCCCACCGCCUCUACCUCAUCCUCUGCAGCCCCCUCUGUGAUCCGACCCCGGAACUCUGCCCGCUCUGCCCGGAUGUCCAGAAAAAAUGACAUCAUAGCAAAGUUCCAGCAAAAUGCACCUGAGACACCGGUUGUCCGCAACUUCAAACUUCAGAGAUCAUCUAUGGCUGUGGCAAGUGGGGCAUCAAUCAAACAGAAAGUGCUUUCAUGGUGUGCCAACAAAACACGCAACUAUGAGGGCGUUUCCAUAGAGAACUUCUCAUCUUCAUGGUGUGAUGGGCUGGCGUUCUGUGCACUCAUCCAUCGCUUCUUCCCAGAUGCUUUUGACUUCUCAGCCCUGAACGCAUCUGAGAAAGAGAAGAACUUCACCCUGGCCUUCAACACAGCAGAGACCAUGGCUGACUGCUACCCCCUGUUGGAGGUUGGUGAUAUGCUCCUGAUGGGGAACAGACCAGAUCCUAUGUGUGUGUUCACCUAUGUCCAGGCUCUCUGUCAUCACCUCUCCAAAAUAGAGGAGAAGAAGGACAAGGAAGAAAAGGAGAAGAAGGACACAGCAGAGGAAAAGAAGAGUGAAAAGAUGACCGACGGAGAGGUAGAAACCACUACAGAGAAGAAAGAGGAGGAGAGUGUGGGGGGGGAGAACAAAGGAAAAGAUGGGAAAGAGAAAGAGAGCUCAGCGGUGGAGGGAGAGAAAGAGAAAGAGGAAAGAGAAGUUGUAGUGUUAGUUGAAGGGCAGGCUUAAGCUUACGCUAAAGAUACAUUGAAAAGACCAAAGGAGAGAGAUUCAGAAAGACUUAAGCUACAUCAUGAAGUAGAGUCUUACAGUGUUCAACACGAUUGUGUGUGUAGCGUAUAUGAGCAUCAUUUCUUAAAGAGUGACACAUUACUACUGUGUAUUCAAAAGCUGGCUUUGUGAAGGUUUGGAAUUAUGCUCAGAUUCCAACAAUGUGUGUCAAUUGUAACCUGUUGUGAUAUUUUAAACAUGAUUUAACAUGCUGUGUUUUGGAACUUUGCGCAGAGGAACAUUAAACGUCAAUGUGUAUUAUAA